GAAUCCGUACUGCAAUCUGCCUGAACCUUACACUGAUCAUGGCUUCCCUUCCCCUAAUUGGGUUUUGCUUCAGUGGUCCUGCUCAUUGAUAGUGUCAUUUCAAUUAUUGUCCAAAAAAAUGGAAAACAAGUCCAAAUGCACUACGUUUUCAGUCAAAUAUGAAUUUUCUUCCAAUUUGAUUAGAUGGAAAACUUGAGGGAUACAUUGAACUUGCAGAAGUAAUUAUAAGUGACCCACCAAACCAUUUUGCACAUGAUCGGUCAGAGCAGUGGAGAAUUGUUCGGACAAAAUUAUCUCUCGUAUUUCUGAGUUUUCCUUUGUUGCUAAGAACAAGAACAAUGACCGAGGCUGUUGUUUCUGUGGCUGUUGAAAGAAUUGCUGAAUUGCUCAUACAAAAAGCAGCUUUUCUGCGUGGUGUGCGGGGUGAAAUCGAACUGUUGCAAGCUGAACUGAAGCGGAUGAAGUGCCUCUUGAAAGAUGCAGACCGUAGUCAACACCAAGAUGAGAGCGUUCGUAACUGCGUAGCUGAAAUCAGAGACCUCACUUAUGAUGCUGAGGAUGUAAUCGAUACCUUUCUUCUUCAAGUUGCAAGAGGCACAGGAGAAGGCGUACGUGGGUUCAUUAAGAGGGUUUCCUUCAAGUUCUCUCAGGCUUUCUUUUUCUAUGAAAUUGGAACUCAGAUUACUUACAUCCGAGCAAAAAUUGAGGGUAUAUCUGCAAGUAUGCAGAAUUACGGUUACAAACUUGUUGAGGGAGAGAGUGCUAGAAAACAUCAACCAUCAUCCAGAAGAUCAUACCCGCAUGCUGAGGAAGAUGAUAUCAUUGGCUUCGAUGCUGUAAUAAGUGUUCUUAGAGCUCAUUUGAUGUUGAAGGAAGAGCAAGUGCGUGUCGUUUCCAUAGUGGGCAUGAGAGGACUGGGCAAAACCACUCUUGCUAAGAAAGUUUACAAACACUUUCUAGUGAACCGACACUUUGAUUCUUAUUCAUGGACUUUCAUAUCUCAGCAAAUCUCCACAAAGGAAAUUUUGAUUGGAAUCUUGAUGGACGUUGUGUCUAGCAAGGAUGAAGCGAAGUUGGAAACAAAGGAAAAGGAAAAGGAAGAGCUCUUGAAAUCGAAGGUGGAGGAGAUGAAAGCGAAAAUGGAGUUUAAAUCAGUUUUUGAAAGAAUGGCAGAGGAAGAGUUGAUUGAAUUUCUUUAUGAUGUCUUAGCAGACAAGAGGUACUUUGUGGUCCUGGAUGAUAUUUGGACAAAUGAGAAAUGGUUGUGUUUGAGACCAGCUUUCCCAAAUGGCAAGAGAGGGAGCAAAGUUUUAUUGACCACCCGCAAUAGAGAUGUUGCUUCUUAUGCUGAUCCAUCGAGUCCCAAAGUGGAGCUACCACUUUUGACAGGUGAUGAGGGCUGGGAACUUCUCAGUAGAAAAGCAUUCCCAAAACAUAUUCUCAAUAAGCACGGUUACCCACCAGAAUUUGAAGCUCUGGGAAAGGAGAUGAUGAAAAAAUGUGGAGGAUUACCCUUAGCAAUAAUUGUGCUUGGAGCCUUAUUGGCAACAAAAAGUACACUGGGGGAAUGGCAGGCAGUGAGAAGAAAUAUUAAUGCACAAUUCUUGAAGUGGGAACAGGAUCAUCAGGAUGAUGGGGUAUAUAAGAUGUUGGCUUUGAGCUAUGAUGAUUUGCCUUUUCAUUUAAAACCCUGCUUUCUCUAUCUUUCUCAAUUUCCAGAAGGCACAGAGUUUCGCAAGAGGGCAUUAAUUCGAAUGUGGAUUGCUGAGGGGUUUGUAGCUCCACCAUUAAAUGAAGAAGAAAUGACAAUAGAAGAUGUAGCUGAAGAAUAUUGUGAGGAGCUUGUGAGUAGGUGCAUGGUCCAAGUAAGCCAGAAGGAUCACACUGGAACCCGUGUCAAAACUUGCAGCCUUCAUGAUAUUGUGCGACAAAUGUGCAUAACAAAGGCAAGGGAUGAGAACUUCCUUGCAGUUGUUGAACACCGAAGGAACAUCACAGCAGACAGUUGGUCCUCCUCCUCCACUCGACACAUGGCAACAAAAAGUAAGUUGCAUAGAAUUGCUAUUCAUCCUUGCUUGCCAAGGCAUGAUCAUAGUCAGAUGGAGUUUUACAUACCAAGUUCUAAUAUUGGUCUUGAAAAUCUUCGAUCACUUAUCUUUUUUGUUGGAGAUGAGAACUACGUUAUGACAAAGAAGCAAGGAAUAUCUAUUUUUAAGAAUUUUAGACUACUUAGAGUCUUAAACAUGGAGGGUGUACUACAAUAUUCGCAUUGCUUACCUAGAGAAAUUGAUAAUUUGAUUCACUUGAGAUAUCUUGGACUGAAACAUACUGGAUUGAAGGAUGGGAAAAAAUACUUGGCUUUACCAGAAUCCAUAGGAAACAAAUACUUGGCUUUACCAGAAUCCAUAGGAAACCUAAUGAAUUUAUACACUCUUGAUCUACGAUGUAAUGAUUAUUUCACUAGGUUGCCUGAUGUGCUAUGGAAAUUAAAAUUUUUGCGACAUCUACUAGUAGAUCAUAAAGACUACGAGCAUCUUCGAUUGCAUACACUAAAGAACUUGGAGACUUUGAAGUCUGUUUAUGCUAAGAAUCUGAUUAGAGAAGGUGCAAUGCAUAAAUUGACUAAUCUUCGAAAUAUAGGAGUAUAUUUCCAGAAAUCAGAUGAAGUAGGGCCUGUUCUGAAAUCUUUCAUUUUUGGAUCUGGUCGUCUUCGUUCCUUGAAGAUGCAGAUUAUUGGUAGUUUUUCGAAUUUGGAACCACUUCAACAUUGCAAUUUAUUGACUAAGGUAGAGUUAGGCGGAGGCAUACCAGAAUGUCAACCUCCUCUCCAUCACAACCUGGAAAUCUUACCACCAAGCCUUGUCAAGUUAAUUUUGUGGGAUUCUAACUUGAGGCAAGAUCCUAUGUGUAUUCUAGAGAAACUACCAAAUUUGAGGUUUUUGUCCUUGGAGAAUGAUGCCUAUCAAGGGUCUAGAAUGGUCUGCUCUGCCACUGGGUUUCCUCAACUUGAGACUCUUGCACUUAAAUCAUUUGGUCUAGAAGAAUGGAGAAUAGAGGAAGGUGCAAUGCCAUGUCUCAAGAGUUUAUCUUUAAGUUUAGAAAAACUGAAGAUGAUUCCCAAUGGGUUGAAGUUUGUGACUACUAUCCGAGAAUUGAAACUCAUUGAUAUGGUGAGAUGUGAAGAGCGGGUUCGAGUAGUAAGUGGAGUAGAAGGAGAGGAUUUUGACAAAGUCCGGCGAAUACCAUCCAUCUCAUUCAAGUAGACAAGAAGCCGACACAGAAAGGAAAAUCGCGAGAUUGUAGCAGCAGCCGAAGACAUGAACAACGAUUGGCAGGGAACGCAGAGUAUCUGCACGAGUGAUCAUGUGUUGUAAGUGGCAGAAAUUAGCAGACUUUUACAUUCAGAUGAGAUAAUCUUUGUUCUCUGUUGCAUAUUUGACCACAUCCACCAGAUCUUUAUGUCAUGUUUACCACAAUACUGUCAUUUUAAUGUUUCUUUUUCUUUUCCUGUUUUCAUGAAUAAGUAAAUGAUGCAAUGUAAUGUAAUAUAAAUUCUUGACAGAAUUUCAGUGUUCUGUGAGAGUAAUUGUUGCAACAGACUGAUGUAUCACAAUCUCCAUGUAUGCUCUUAAAAAAACUUUGAUAACUCACUGGAGUAGUUCAGCAGUAGUGCAGCAUAAUCUUGCACACAUCAAACUCCUACUUCAGGAUCCAACAACAAGGAUAUGAAUUCGCAGAGAGAUCUGAUAUAUGUGAUUGAUUCCAGUGGUUUUCCCGUGGUGAAUUUUUUAAAAAGAGGAGACUGGCAACUUGGGUUCAAUCCAGAAGAUCACAGGUUAAUUCAAUUAUGUGCUUGAAGUUAAUAUCUCUUUGUGUUGACCAUCAAUCCAAUGAAGAUUAGCAGAGAAUAUCGUUAUGUCAUAGACAAUCAUCACGUUCUUUGUGUUUAUUAAGGAUAAGCUUUUUCUUUUU